GCCCCGAGCAGAGCAACAGGUACCGUCCGCAGGCCCAGGGGUGGCCUGGCGGCUUGCGCGCUGCUGCUGCCCGGCCUCGGCCUGUGGGUUGGAGCCCUGGGGGCCCGAGGGAACAGAGGCGGCUGCCCGCCGGCUGGCUCACAUCACAGUGUGCAGCCGGGUGCAGCACCAAAGUUUAAAACCACAAUAACUGAAAUAGAACUUUGGCAACAGAAUGGGCAGCGGAUGGGGAAAUGUUUCAGAUGGCUAAGAGCUAGCAGAGCACAUUCAGGACCAUGAUGGCUCAGUUUCCCACAGCCAUGAAUGGAGGCCCGAACAUGUGGGCUGUCACCUCUGAAGAGCGAGCAAAGCAUGACAAGCAGUUUGAGAGCCUUAAACCGAUAGGAGGAUAUAUUACAGGUGAUCAAGCACGUACCUUUUUCUUGCAGUCAGGUCUACCAUCAUCAGUCCUAGCUGAAAUAUGGGCUCUUGCAGACCUGAACAAAGAUGGGAAGAUGGAUCAGCAGGAAUUCUCCAUAGCUAUGAAACUCAUCAAACUAAAAUUACAAGGUCAACACUUGCCUGUGGUCCUCCCACCGAUCAUGAAGCAACCUCCAGUAUUCUCGCCGUUAAUUUCUGCUCGCUUUGGAAUGGGUAGUAUGCCAAAUCUGUCCAUCCCAACAUCUGUGCCUACAAUUGCACCUUUAGCUCCCAUGUCAUCAUUGACCUCAGUGACUUCGAUUCCUCCCUUGGUUAUCUCUACUCCCUUGAUACCUUCUAUCAGUACAUCAUCAUUGCCAAAUGGAACAUCCAGUCUCCUUCAGCCUUUACCUAUGUCUUUCUCUUCAACAUUGCCUCAUCCUGGUUCUUUCAGUCCCAUGGCAGGAGGAUUUGGUGGUACUAAUAUACAGAAGGCACAGUCUCUGAUCGAUUUAGGAUCUAGUAGUUCAAAUUCUUCCUCCACCACUUCACUAACUGGGAAUUCACCUAAGACUGGAUCCUCAGACUGGGCAGUUCCUCAGGCCUCCAGAUUAAAAUACAGGCAGAAAUUUAAUAGCCUUGAUAAAAGCAUGAGUGGAUACCUAUCAGGAUUUCAAGCAAGGAAUGCCCUUCUGCAGUCAAACCUUUCUCAGACUCAGCUGGCUACCAUUUGGUCACUAUCUGACAUUGAUGGAGAUGGACAGCUGAAAGCAGAUGAGUUUGUGUUAGCCAUGCAUCUAACUGAUAUGGCCAAAGCUGGGCAGCCUCUGCCAUUGACCCUGCCUCCUGAACUGGUACCUCCUCCUUUCAGAGGUGGAAAAUAUGCCGAAAAUGUUAAUGGAACUCUGCCAUCUUGCCAGCAAAUGCAAGAAGAGGAGCCCCAGAAAAAACAGCCAGGAAAGCAAAACAGGGGAAGGAGAACCUAUGGCAGGAAAAUGUCCGAAAGGAAGAGGAGGAGAAAAAAAAGCGAUUACAGGAAGAGCGAAUGAAGGAAAAAAUUCAGGAAGAAAAACAAAAAGCUGAGGAGGCAGCUGCCCAAGUGAGAGAGAGGGAGUUCCAGUUGCAAAAACUGACUGAGGAGAAACAUGAGGAGGAGAGGAACAAGCUAGCUGAGAUUCAGAGAGAAAUAGAACAACAAAGGCAGAGACAACUGGAAGAAGACAAGAGGAAGCAAGAACAGAUUGCAAAAGAAGCUGAGGAGAGGCGUAAACAGCAUGAAGAAGAGAAAAGAAGAAAAGAUACAGCCAACCUGCAAGAGUCAGAGAAACACACUUCAAAGUUAAACUUAAAUGAGAAAUUUGCAGACUUGGUGAAACAGACUGAGGGUAGAAAUCUUAAGCCUACGUGGAGAAGUGAAGGUAAUGUAGUUAGUGCCUCAGAAUCUAGGAAUUCAGCUGCCUUGGUGAAUUACAGAGCUUUAUACUCAUUCGAAGCAAGGAAUAAUGAUGAGAUGAGUUUUAAUUCUGGGGAUGUAAUUCAGGUUGAUGAGAAAACCGUGGGAGAGCCUGGUUGGCUAUAUGGGAGCUUUCAAGGUCAUUUUGGCUGGUUUCCAUGCAACUAUGUAGAAAAAAUAUCAGAAAGUGAAAAAGCUUUAUCUCCUAAAAGGGCCUUACUUCCUCCUACAGUAUUUUUGUCUACUACCUCAGCUCCUCCAGAACCACUUUCACCAAGUAGAUCAUCAGAAGACACUGAUUACCAAAACGUACCUUUCUCAAGCCUAACUGUUAACACAACAUGGCAGAAAAAAUCCGCUUUUACUCGUACUGUGUCCCCAGGAUCUGUUUCUCCUGUUCAUGGACAGGGACAAGCUGUGGAGAAUUUAAAAGCACAGGCACUUUGCUCCUGGACUGCAAAAAAAGAUAACCACUUGAACUUUUCAAAAAACGAUAUAAUUACUGUGCUGGAGAAGCAGGAAAACUGGUGGUUUGGAGAAGUGCAUGGAGGAAGGGGAUGGUUUCCUAAAUCUUAUGUCAAGAUCUUGCCUGGAAAUGAAAACAAACGAGAGGAACCCGAAACUAUUUAUGCAGCUGUAAACAAGAAGCCUAGUACACCAUCUUAUACCAUUGGAGAGGAGUAUGUUGCACUCUAUUCCUAUACAAGCUCCGAACCUGGUGAUUUGACUUUUGCUGAAGGAGAAGAAAUACUAGUCACUCAGAAAGAUGGAGAAUGGUGGACAGGAAGCAUUGCUGACAGAACAGGAAUCUUUCCAUCAAACUAUGUCAAACCUAAGGAUCAAGAUGGUUCUGGUACUGCUGGCAGAACUGGGGCACUAAAUAAGAAACCUGAGAUUGCCCAGGUGACUACAGCGUAUGCUGCAUCAGGGACAGAACAGCUUAGUCUGGCUCCGGGACAGCUGAUACUUAUUCUGAAGAAAAACCCUAGUGGAUGGUGGCAAGGAGAGUUACAGGCAAGAGGGAAAAAGAGGCAGAAAGGAUGGUUUCCUGCUAACCAUGUUAAAUUGUUGGGUCCAAGCAGUGAGAGAACUACUCCUGCUGCUCUCUCAGUAUGUCAAGUGAUAGCAAUGUAUGAUUAUGCGGCAAACAAUGAAGAUGAGCUCAGUUUCUCCAAGGGGCAGAUCAUUAAUGUACUGAGCAAAGAUGAUGCAGAUUGGUGGCAAGGAGAAAUCAGUGGUGUGACAGGUCUCUUUCCUUCAAACUAUGUGAAGAUGACCACAGACUCUGAUCCAAGCCAACAGUGGUGUGCUGAUCUCCAAACUCUUGAUACUAUGCAGCCAAUGGAAAGGAAAAGACAGGGCUACAUUCAUGAGUUGAUCCAGACUGAAGAGAGGUACAUGGACGAUCUUCAGCUUGUCUUAGAGGUUUUCCAGAAACGAAUGGCUGAAUCAGGCUGUCUCACAGAAGAAGAAAUGGGAUUGAUCUUUGUUAACUGGAAGGAGCUCAUAAUGUCUAAUACAAAGUUACAUAAAGCCCUGCGUGUGCGUAAGAAGACAGGAGGAGAAAAAAUGCCUGUGCAGAUGAUUGGGGACAUCCUGGCUGCCGAGCUCUCUCACAUGCAGGCCUAUAUCAGAUUCUGCAGUUGCCAGCUCAAUGGAGCUGCAUUGCUGCAACAGAAAACAGAUGAAGAAACAGAGUUCAAAGACUUUUUAAAGAAACUAGCCUCUGACCCUCGCUGUAAAGGAAUGCCGCUCUCCAGCUUCCUGCUGAAGCCUAUGCAGAGGAUUACACGCUACCCUCUGCUCAUAAAGAGUAUUCUGGAGAAUACCCCAGAAAACCACCCAGAUCACAGUAAUCUCAAACUGGCCUUGGAACGCGCAGAGGAGCUGUGUUCUCAAGUUAAUGAAGGCGUGCGUGAGAAAGAGAACUCGGACAGGCUGGAGUGGAUACAGUCCCAUGUACAGUGUGAAGGACUUUCUGAGCAACCGAUUUUCAACUCCAUUACAAACUGCCUGGGUCCCCGAAAGCUCCUGCACAGCGGCAAGCUCUACAAAACAAAGAGCAAUAAGGAACUAUACGGCUUCCUCUUCAAUGACUUCCUGCUCCUUACCUACAUGGUCAAGCAGUUUGUUUCUUCAGGGUCAGAUAAACUGUUCAGCCCCAAGUCCCACUCUCAGUUCAAAAUGUAUAAAAUGCCUGUUUUCCUUAAUGAAGUCCUAGUGAAAUUGCCAACCGACCCUUCGAGUGAUGAGCCAGUUUUCCAUAUCUCCCACAUUGACAGAGUCUACACGCUAAAAACAGACAAUAUUAACGAGAGGACGGCCUGGGUCCAGAAGAUCAAAGGGGCAUCAGAGCAGUAUAUCGAAACCGAGAAGAAGAAACGGGAAAAAGCUUAUCAAGCACGCUCACAGAAGAGCUCAGGAAUAGGACGCUUGAUGGUACAUGUGAUUGAAGCCACAGAGUUGAAAGCCUGUAAACCUAAUGGGAAGAGCAAUCCGUAUUGUGAAAUCAGCAUGGGGUCGCAGAGCUAUUCCACCAGGACGCUGCAGGACACUUUGAACCCUAAGUGGAACUUCAAUUGUCAGUUCUUCAUUAAGGACCUUUAUCAGGAUGUGCUGUGUAUCACCAUGUUUGACCGGGAUCAGUUCUCACCUGAUGAUUUCUUGGGUCGCACCGAAGUUCCAGUAGCAAAAAUCAGAACAGAACAGGAGAGCAAGGGACCUACAACGAAACGUUUACUGCUGCAUGAGGUUCCAACCGGGGAGGUUUGGGUCCGCUUUGAUUUGCAGCUCUUUGAGCAGAAAACACUCCUUUAAGAAAACAUUUUUAUUUUACAAAAGACAAAGCUGACAGCUUGGCCACCUCCACCAGAGCUGAAAGCAUUUUACAAAUCAAUCAUCAGCCCAAGCCAGUUACUGAGCAAGAAUUCCUGUUGCAUCAUCAUCUUCCUAAUUAUCCGUUGUAUAUGAUUUCUUUGCUGCGUCCUAAGUUGCUGGUGAUCUAUGCAAAUGCAAAAUAUACUGUAUAUAAGAUACUCUAGCUCAGUGCCUUUUUGUUGAUUAAUAUUGACAUUUUUGUUGUGUUCAGAUGCCAAUGUUUCCGUUUUCAGGGCCAUAAAAAGUAUUAAGUAGUAUCUUGGCAUCAGAUGUAUGUAUAUAUAAUGUUACCGCUUAGUCUAACAUAUAGACUGAGGAAUGGUUUAGUUGAAGGCUACAAUCAUUCCAUUUGAAAUCUGAAAAGUUGUAUCCACUGGAAUAUUCCCUUCUCAGGGUGUUAAUUAUAGGGAUUAAAUGUUGAAGCCUUCGCACUUGAGGAGGCUCUAAAAUGCUGUAUGUUCUUUUAAAAAAAAUAAUCAAAUGCAGUUCUUUACUUGACACAGUUCUGCACUGAAUAAGAAAUUGCAACUUGAUUUUUCUUUCUGGUUCGGUUGUAUUAAUCAUUUCUGGCAGAGACAAUGUGGUUAAAAAGAGUAAGUAGAAAAAAUGAUUUAUUUUAAAUACUGUGUGCGACCUACAAUAAUGUGGAAGAAUAUUUUUCAACUUUUAAUUUUCCUAAAUUAUUUGUGUAAAAUUACUUGGUUUUGCAGAUCUCCGUGGGAUGUGCAUCUUUAUGCUUUGUCAUUGCCAACAUGUACAUACAGAGUGAAAAAUAUAAGUUUAUUAAUGUAAUUUGUCUACAUAUAUUUACUGAUGCAUAUUGAUUUUAAAAAAAUAUAUUUUAUUGUACAGGUGAAUGGGAAAUAAUGGGAAGUAACUUACAAGGACUAAAUUCAAGGAAAGACUAUUAAAAUGUAAAUUUUGUUUGCUAUGGGAACUGCUAGUGCAGUAGGGGUUUGUAGAACUGAAAUUUGCUGCAAGCAAAAUCUUCCUCACCACAUGAAAAUCAGGAAUGGUAAAAGGGGGUUUGUUUUUCAGAGUGUUUGACAAAUAGUUACCAUGUUAUUGCAUCCUGAAUUUGCCUUGUGGACAUUUAAGCGUUGCAUUCAGUUCUAGACAAUGAGUGAAUUUGUAUCCCACAGGUGCUACAAUACCUAAUAAUGCCUAACAGAGUUUCAAACCUGAUUACCAGCCUGAAGGCCCUUUCUUUGCUGGACUUAAGUCAGACCCUCUGUUACUUUUAACAGUUUUCUGUGGUUCAAUUUUUCUAGUCCUAAAUAAAAAAAAAAAAUCUUGGCA